GUUAUAAUAAAAUACUAGACAUCUUCUUGUCGUUUUGUCUGCGUGGGUUUGAACCGGAAGCAGUAAUCGGAUGCAGUCAUGGGAAGCAAAGUGAGUGGCAAGAUGGCAGCUGUCAGUCGGGUCGUGCAGGUUGUGCGACCUCAUGCACCUUUAAUUAAAUUUCCAGAUCGGAAUGGCAUCCCUAGGCCAAAUGUGCAAGAAGCACUGAACGUGCUUGCAGCCUGUCUCCCACAGAUCUCCCCAUCUGCACCUCCACCUACAACAUCAAUAUCACCUCCACCCAAACCACCGGGACCCAUAAUCCGACUGCCUGGCACCCCUGACAGCACUGAUGUAAUUCGAGAUCUCCCUCAGAAAUACCGCAGAAGAACCCUUGCGUUAGAUGAAAUGGACUACAUUCAGCGUGGUGGACCAGAGUGACUGUGGUCCAGUUCAUUCAAUCACUCUAUUUGCAGAAAUCGGAUAUAUUACUUUUUUUUUCUCAGUGUAAGGAGUUUAUAAUGUCAUAUAGCAAACCAACUAAUUCAAUUACAGUUUUAUUGUACAUACAGAUUAUUAUUUGAUAGUUCAGCCUAUGAUUGGUUAUUUCAUUAUUCAGGUGCUCUGUAUUUACAUUAAAACACAGAACUCUUGGCCUUCUUAUUCUUCAAUCUGUCUGUCAUUUACUCUUGUGAUGUACUGGCUACUCUGACCAGCCCGUCUUCUGACCAUCAUGAACAGAGUUUAUUCAUUUUCUUCUUCCAUUUCAUUACGUGUUCUGGGUUCAGAGAAAAGCACUGAUCAGAGUGCCAGCAUAUUCUACAGGUCUGAACAAAAUGGAUCGCUAUGAGUAUUGUGGAUUUGAAUGAUUAAAAUAAUACAUUUUGAAAGCCUC